AUGUCAAAAUCAGACGAUGUUGGUUAUGCUUCAUAUCAAAAUGAAAGUUUUAAGGGUGAAAAACUGAUAUAUCCAGCAGCAUCUAGAAAUAAAGAACCUAUACUACAUGUUUUAAAAAGAUUUAUAAUUAGUGAUACUGAUACCCUAAAUGAUGAGAGUCCAAUUUUUGUUGAGAUAGCAUCUGGAUCUGGACAACAUGUAGCACAUUUCGCACCCCAUUUCCCUGAUGUUAAAUUCCAACCUUCUGAAGUGGAUGAAAAUUUGUUAGGCAGUAUAUCUAUAUAUGCUACAAACUGCCCAACGAAAAACAUACUGCAACCUAUACUGCUUGAUGUACGGAACAAUCUUUCUUGUUAUGGAUUUGAAGAAAACAGUAUAGACUAUAUAUACAAUGCAAACAUGAUGCAUAUAAGUCCAUAUGAAUGCACUAUAGGAUUAUUUGAAAAUGCUGGAACAUACUUAAAACCAGAAGCUUUUAUGAUAACAUAUGGCCCCUAUAGUAAAGAUGGUGUAAUAACACCUCAAAGUAAUAUUGACUUUAAUAUCUCCCUUAAACAACGAAAUCCCUUAUGGGGUAUUCGAGAUAUUAAUGAUUUAGUAAAAUUAGCAGAACUGAACAAUUUAUCUCUUAUAGAUACAAUUGAAAUGCCUGCUAAUAAUAAGACACUGGUAUGGAAAAAGAACUGA